UUUCUUUAUUUCAUUUAAAUAAAACCCUGCAGUUUCUUAAUAGCUGUGCUUUGUAGACAUGCAUCAUUUUGCACAGUGCAAGCCAAAGCACGAGUCAGCAUGCGAAAUGAAAUGCCUCAGCGAGAACAAAGACAAUGCAACUCUCCAGUGGGCUCCAACAACAAGUCGAGCUUACGUGCUGUUCACCAGCUGAGCUGAGCUGCAACAACCAAUGCAGUCCGAUGCAACUCAUCCAUCCAUCUGCACGUGCACGCGCUCGUCACUUCUGAGAUUCCCCUCACGGCUGCUUUAUGUACUCACUUCCAUCCGUCCAUCAUUGAGAGAUCAAUUUGUUGCAAGCAAAUAGGUGCUGGAUGUUCUAAAGCAUCGAUGCAUUGGGGAAACUGAGACCCAUGGCAAAGUGGUUUAGAGAUCACCUAAGUUUUGGCAGCAGGAAAGGACCGCCGCAGCCCCCGAAACCCGACUACACCGAAAGCGAGAUCCUACGGGCCUACAGGGCUCAGAAAGAGCUGGACUUUGAGGACCCUUACGAACCCUCCGAGAACCGGGUGCUGAACGGCUCAGGGUUAGUGGAAACGUUCCCUGCGUUUGGCGCGGUGCUGUCCAACGGCGUGGAGGUGAAGAUCGUGUCUCCCAAACACAGACUGAUAAAAGUGGAAUCUCAGGAAUUCGGGCGUAGCAAAAUACCGCUGAACAUCGUGACCUUUGAGGAACCGCAGGCCCCUGUGGUUCCCUCGGCUCCUGCGGUCGGGGAGACUGAUUACUCGGACCCGUUUGACGCCAGGCCGGACCCGCGGCCAAGACCCAGCUGGGAGCAGAAUGCCGUAGAAGCCUGCAGCAGUUACAUGGAGCCGUUUGAGGCCCAGAGAUUCAUAAGCGAGCUCCAGCACAGCUCAGAUCAGGGCAGAAACAGCCCACAGCUCUACGACAGCCCGUACGAGGACAGAGUUUGGGCCCGGGCGGCCCCCGAGGAGGACGAGAGAGAGAGCCGUCUGCCCCAGGACGACGAGAGGCCCGCGGAUGAGUACGACCAGCCCUGGGAGUGGAAGAAAGAGAACAUCUCCAAAGCCUUCGCCGGUAAGACGUGCUGCUGAGAGAGAUGGGCUCCAUCCACACCACUACGUUUGCGUCCUCUUUUGAGAAUUAACUUUUGAGCCAGAGACUGGGAUCAGUGUACGCUGCCCCGUGACGAGGCAUCAAGGAAGGCAGGAGCGUCCAGAAUCAGCCCUUCGUCCAGCAGAGCCACCAGCCUGCACAAAUCCAGCCACACGCACGGCAUCCUGGGAGAGAGAGUGGAUCCCACGCUGCCCCUGGAGAAGCAGGUAUGGUACCAUGGUGCAUUGACUCGCUCGGAAGCUGAAUCUCUGCUCACGCUGUGUAAGGAGUGCAGUUACCUGGUGAGGAAGAGCCAGACGAGCCGAAACGACUAUUCGCUGUCUCUCAGGAGCUGUCACGGGUUCAUGCACAUGAAGUUCGCGCAGUCUCGUGAUGGGAAGUUCAUCCUGGGAGAGAACAGUCCUCCGUUUGACUCCAUCCCUGAAGUCAUUCAUUACUACACCACGAACAAACUGCCCAUCCGCGGAGCUGAACACCUGUCACUGCUGUUCCCGGUGCUGGUGCAGACGCUCUGAGACCACACACACACGCUUAUCACGCGCUCGCACACAGACACACUCAGGGCUUCACUCAGACGGCUAAUACAGUGCUUCAUUUUCAAUCACAUAUCGCAGGCUCUAUGAUAGUUUGAUUUGUGUUUGGAGUGGGAAUUUGCGAUCAAAUUCAUCCCCGGUGUGACUGAAAACACAGUCGGCCUGUAGUGACACUGUAUCGAUGUGCAACACGCGUGUGAAGAAUAUUUUCCGCACCACUGGACUCUAAAGUGUUUUCGCAUCACACUGGGAACUGCAAUAUUAUUCCUUUCUCUGCUCCAAACUCUUCAAAUUGUAGAUUUAACAUUUGAGGAUAAAAUGUAGCCCGACCAAAGUAUUUCUAAAGAUUUAGCUAAAUACUAAAAAGCAAUGAUGUACAGUUAAAAUCCCAUCCUCUGUAGGAUUUCUUGAUUUUAAAAAGUGAAAUAAUUCACCUGUAAAGACGGUUGUCAUCAUUUGCUCAUUCUCAUGUCAUUCAGAAGAACCUGUUUGACUUGCUUUCUUCUGUUGAACACAAAAGAAGAUAUUUUGAAUGAUGUUAAAGAUGCUUUUUUCCAUGCAGUGAAAGUGGAUGGUGAUACUCUAAAAAGGACAAAAUCAGUAUAAAAGUCUUCUAAAGCUGGUUUGAAAUGACAUGAGCGUGAGUGAAUAAUGAUUGAAUUUUAAUUUUGGGUGACUGUAAGUAAAAAUGAGGGCCUCUUUUUAGGAACAGGAAGCCACCGGCCCUUAAUUUCCUUUUGUCACUAACUAGAAGCGACGAAUCAUGGUAAAGUGGUAAGGAAGUGAAUACAUGACACUGGAAUGUUCCCAAUGUGACUUUCGCUUGUCCGGAUGGCCAUCUGCAAACACAGAUUUGUUCUGCUCCCAGAAUCCCAGGCGGCUGAGGAUGAUGAAAACAGGAAGUGAUGUCCUCUGACCAUCUAAAGCUGCACUUUCAUUUGCUUCAGAGCUCCGGUCUUGUUGCAUGACAGGAAGCGGUCAUUACUGUGGCAUUUGGCUUCACUUAAAGCAGCUGUCUCAAUGCUACCCGUCAUUUCACUCGACCAGAUACCGCUUAGUACCGCCGGCUCGUGGACUUCUUAGCAAUACUUAAAGCUACAUGAGAAACCUAACAUGAAACCGUCUCUUCUUAGUUAAUUUGGGUUUAUGUGAUAUUUGAAAUAAGGUUACAUAUAAUCAUAUUCCAUAUCCGUAUGUUUGUAAAUACAAAUGCAACUCGAGCAUUUUCCUCGGAAGAAACACAAUCUUCUGCUAUGUAGUGAAUGUUAUAGUAAACCGCUUUCAAAUGAACGUGGGUUUGGGAUCAGUUUACUUGCACGUCCUCCAAACAAACACACACUACUGCGUUUAGACUUCUUCACAGGGUUUCUAUUGUUAUAGAGAUCCACACGGUAGCUAUUGUUUGUUAUGAUGACUAAUUUUAGUGCGUUUUUGUUUUUUUUCUAUAUGCUGUUUUCCAGCUUCUCAUUUCUUUGGAAUAAAUUAGGAGUUGUUUUCUAAAAAUUAAGUGUGUGUGUGUUGAAUUGUCGUCAGUACGGUUGGAUCCUGACUGGAUGUGACGUUACUGGGCUGAAGGGUGAACGUGUCUCUCAGCAGAAGGCAGCCAAACGGUUCCUCCUCAUAAAGCCUUCAUGCAACACACUGUAAAAAAAUAGGUCAGACCUCCUCCAUGUGACCGAGCUUAUACACACUCUGUUGUUGACUCUGAGCACUAAUGCUUCUAGGUGUGUGUGUGUGUGUGUUACUGGGAAUCAGACCCAAUUCAGCUGAUACAUGUUGCCAAGAUGAUGCUCAUCUGAAACGUCUCACAUAUCACUCUGUCGCAGAUGAGAACAACCAGCUUGGUGACUUUUGUAAAGCGCCGUUCUCAUAAUGCUCUCGUUUUUGUUUGUGCCUUUUUCUAAACCAACAAUUACUGGUGUUUGCUUCAAAACACCAAGCCUAAGGUCAGAAACCUACUCUUAUGUAUGCAGAUGUUUGACCAGGAUCUUAAGGAUCUUUUUGUAUAUAUAUGAUAUGUGUUCUCGUCCUACUGUGGCUGUAAUUAAUAUCUCUCCCUCCC